UUUACCUUGGAUCCACCUCAAGCAUCGUGUCCGUGUACUAUUAAUAGAGAUCUUAGGAUGAUUCGCCUACUAGGGUCUGCCUGGGGAAGACUAGGCCAAAGCCAACCAUCAUGAGCCAACCAGAAAUCACCGUUCUCUACUUUGCUGCUGCCUCAACAGCGACUGGCUUGACGGAACAAUCGGUCACCCUCCCUGCCUUGCAAUACCCACUCUCCUCAUUGAGCAGUUUCUUGGCGUCAUUGCAUCCGGACGUCGGCCUAGACAAGAUCCUUCAGUCUAGCCAAUGGAGCGUAAAUGCAGAGAUGGUGGACAACGUUGAAGAGGUGACAUUGAUGGGAGGAGAAGAAGUCGCUAUCAUCUGCCCUGUGUCAGGUGGAUAAGAUCGCCAGAAAUAUCUCUCAGAAGUCUCGUGGUACAUUGCAGGUG